UGUCGGAAGAGCGCGGGUGGAUCGAGUCCGACUACUAUCAGAGCGAGAAGCAACGGCAAGAGCGGCAAAAAUGCGCUGAGAUAUGCGCUGUGGAUGAGGGAGAGAGCUGACUGAAAUCCAAAAAGGAAGAAGAAAUAUGCAGCAAACAGAGGACUGGGAGGUGCCAGACCACACAAGGCAUACACAGCGAUUACACGUCAUUGGGUCGAUCCACAUCGUGGCCCUGGGGAGCGAGCGGUCGGGUCUGGGGCUCCUGGAGGAGGGGGCGGGACAGCCCCAGGGGGGCCUGCUGUGGAGCUACCUGGGUCGGAGCGUGGUGCCCGGGGUGAGGGACACGCUGAGCCGGACGGACGGGAGUCUGCUCAGCUCCACCGCGGCCACCCUGCACCCCAUGAACCCGGCCUUCAUCCAGUACCAGGCCCGCAUGUUCGGGGACGUGAGGGUGCUGGUGCACGACUGCCCCAGCUGGGACCUGUUGGACAGGGACUGGGUGGCCACUCGGGGUGUGCUGGAGCAGGCCGACAUUCUGGUCAUCAAGUACUCGGUGAACGACAAGCUGACCUUCCAGCAGGUGCGGGACGCCUACAGCCCCCGGAUUCGGCCCCUGCUGCGGCACUGGGCCGUGCCCGUCAUCGUGGCAGCCGUGGGCGCCCGUCUCAACGAGGAGGGACCCCCCUGCACCUGCCCCCUCUGUGCCUCAGACUGGAGCAGCUCUGUUCCCCACAACGAGGGUCUUCAGCUGGCCCGGGACCUGGGGGCCACCUACCUGGAGCUGCCCUCCCUCAACGACUUCUUCGUGGGACGUUACUUCGGGGGAGUGUUGGAGUACUUCAUGGUUCAGUGUCUGAAGCAGAAGGCCAAAGAGAGGCCGGACAAGAGGCGGACCCACAAGGCCAGCGAGCUCCGCCCACCUCAGCUGGAGCAGCCAGCCCGCCUCCCGGCCGUGCGGGUGGAGGAGUCGCGCUUCUCGCAGGACAUGCAGUGGCUGCUGGAGCGCGGCGUGCAGUUCGCCGACGUGGCCUUCUACGCCGGGGAUUCUGGGAAGGAGCUGGGCUGGGCGCACGCGGCGGUGCUGUGCUCCGUCAGCCCCUACUUCAGGCAGCUGCUGCUGGGGGGGCAGGGGCGGGACCGCCCCGUGUCCCGCUGCGCCUGCCGGGACGGCCCCCAGAGCCUCCUCUCCACGUGGGACGGGGGCGCCGAGGACCCGCCCCGCCCCGACGGGCACCUCGCCGGACGCCUCUCCCGGCUGGUGGUGAAGGACCCCCUGCUCUGCCGCUGCCUGUGGGACAUGCUGAGGUUCCUCUACAGAGGGGCCUCGGAGUGGAAGCAGCUCCAGGACGCCGCGGGGGAGAAGCUGAAGAGCUCGGUGGCGGUGGCCGAGCUGCUGGAGAGGGUGCGCUCGUUCAUCACCAGGGAGAAGGUGCGUGUCUGUACACCCCCCACCCUUCAGCAGUCUCCGUUACUGUAACUCUUCAACUCCCCCCUGUGUUCGGAUGUCAUCUUCAUGGUACAAGGCAACGUGCUGCCUGCUCAUAGGGCAGUGCUGGUAGCGCGCUGUGAUGUCAUGGCCGCCAUGUUCAGCGGGAAGUACGCCGAGGCCAGGAGUCGCGUGGUGCCCAUCCACGGCGUCUCCUCCGACACCUUCCUGUCCUUCCUGGAGUACCUCUACACUGACACCUGCUGUCCGGCCAGCGUGCUGCAGGCCAUGUCGGUGCUGGUCUGCGCAGAGAUGUACCAGGUGAAGCGUCUGCAGCACCUGUGCGAGGUGUGCGUUUGCGCAUAUCUGCAGAGCAUGCCCAGCCGGGAGCUGGCGUCCACGGGCAUCAGCGUCGUCCGGCUGCUGCGCCGGGCAAAGUGCCACAACGCAGACCAGCUCUACAUCUGGCUCCUGCACUUCAUCGCCAACAACUACCUGAUCUUCAGCCACAAGCCCGACUUUCUGGAGCUGUCAGACGAGGAGCGGGAGCAGGUGGAGAGGGUCCGCUGGCCGUCCAGGGGUUACCUGCAGGAGCUCAGCGAGUACCAGCAGCGGAGAAGACAACUGCGCAAGUCCCGCUGCCUGGUCAUGUGACCCUCCUGGCCCCGCCCUGGAGAAGGAAGGGUGGAGGGAAGGGGGGUGGGGGGGGAGGAGGAGGGGAAGGUGAGAGGUUUGCGCUUUAUCCACGGACCCCCCCCCACCCACCAGCCCCUCAGACGUAUGCCAGCAGAGAAGAGAAAAACGGGGAAGAGGAAAAACGGCGCACGUCGGCUGGAUGCGCCGGUGUCUGCGGCCUGACCGACCCAAGCGCAAGGUGAACACGGUUCCCUGUGACUAUGAGCGGAGAAAGCGGUCUUUCGCGGAGGACUAAACCCCAUAAACGCAAAAGGACGGGGAUUCGGUGGCGAGAUCGGCCUGGCAUACUGCAAAGACUAACUAACACACUGGAGUCCCCCUCUAAGGGACACGUCGACGAUCGAAAACAGUGCUAGCGAACAAGGGUCCUAAUAAUGCUAACUCAAUUAAAAAGAUAAAAAUAGAAACCCGAUGUUUAUCAACAUAUCAUAAAUUUAUGAUUUAGAGGCCAUGCAACUAUUUUUAUAACAUUGUUGCCUUUUUUUGUUCCUAAGAACACGGACUGAGAGACUUUUGGACUGGUGCUGCUUGGGGGGAAAAAACAAGCGUGUGGUUUGUAGCGCAGGUGUGCAGCCAGGUAAGGGGUGAUGAAAGAAGGCAUCCCUGCCCUAUUCUUAGCCUUGUACAGUUCCACUGGUGUCUGCCUGCAUCAAUAAAGACUGUUUUUUUUCUUGUGUUUUUUUAACAUGCAAA